UCACCCUGCCCCUGGACAGCAGCCUCGCGAGCCCGCUGCGCUCGUGCCGCGGGGGCCAGGAAGCGGGACCCGCCCGCCGCGCGCCCGGCGCCGGAGGAGCAGAAACCGCCCCUGUGGAUCUUCGGCUACGGCUCGCUGGUGUGGAGACCCGGCUUCGAGUUCAGCGCGCGGCGCGUGGGCUUCAUCCGCGGCUACAGCCGCCGCUUCUGGCAGGGGGACACCUUCCACCGCGGCAGCGAGAAGAUGCCUGGCCGAGUGGUUACCCUCCAGGAAGACUAUGAUGGAUGCACGUGGGGUGUUGCCUAUGAGGUGCGUGGAGAGCAGAUUGCUGCAUCACUCCAGUACUUGAACGUGCGAGAAGCAGUCCUGGGUGGCUAUGACACCAAACUAGUGACAUUCCACCCCCAAGAUAAAGAGGCUGAUGAACCCAUCCUGGCCCUAGUUUACAUUGCUACACCUCAGAACCCCAGCUACCUUGGCCCAGCAUCUGAGGAGGACAUUGCAGCCCAGAUCAUUGUCUCGAGUGGUCGCUCUGGACACAACAUAGAGUAUCUGCUGCGGCUAGCUGACUUCAUGCGCUACUUCUGUCCCCAGGUGGAGGAUGAACAUUUGUUUUCCAUCGAGGAGUCCCUUAUUUCCAUCUUGCCCUGCCUAUGCCAUGCUGAGGAGCCCUUAAUCGAGGUGUGAACAUGACUCCUGUCUGAGGGUUGAAAUGAGAGGAGUUUUAAUUUGAAAAAGGCAAAGACAUGAGAAGGAAGGAAAACGAGGACAAAAUACAUUGGACUAGGGGAGACAUAAGCAGGACAGUGAGCAAGUAGCUUUUUUUGGGGGCGGGGAGGAAAACUGUUACAAGCAAAUGAGGUGCCACACUCUCUGCCUGUCAAAACACGAUGACCAUUCCUAGUCUCUUUGCUGGUUGAGUUCUGUGAUAUUCAAAUAUAAACGGCAUAGUGUUCACUCUUCUUUUAGCAAAAUAAUGCUGUCCUCUUCAGUGUACUUUUAUUUUGGAAACCAGUUGAGCAGGACUUGACUGCAGUGUUGUUUCACAGUAUAACUGUCACUCUACCUCAGUGACAAAGCCAGUUGUACAAUGGUGAGGACAAGUAUAUGCUUAGUAUCAAAUUAGACCUCCCCUCUGCCACCUCCAGGACAGUAGCCUGAAUUAAGUAUCGUGCUGGGGCUCCUGUGCAAUAUAAUUAAUUUGCCUCUAUCCGUUCUUAUGAGCCCUACCUCCUUACACGUCUCAAAGGGAUGGAACCAAUGCACUUACUUUUGCAACUUGAAAUGUAUUUUAUUGUCAUGUGUAGUAAGAUAUUUCUUUAAGUGGGUGGGGAAUGUCUGUCUGCUGGUGGUGCAGCUCAUGCCAUGCAGGGCAUGGCACAUGGGAGUGAGACCUCUACCAAACCUUGGGUUUACAUAUGGAGAAAAAGCUGUCCUGACAAAUGCUGGAUGAGGCGGAAGCUGAUGAAACACUAUAGGACUAAAUACAUCAGCUUCAGCAGAUUCCUUGCUGCUAAUUAGUGUAUGUGACAGAGCUGCUGCUAUUGCAAGGUAUGGUAGAAUCACUCUCAAACCGACUGAACACAUGGACUAGUCUUGUUUAACGGUUUUAACAAUGAGGGGGGAGAGGAAAUGUCUGUGUUGCUGUGGCUUGUAUAUACAAGGAAAUGAAAUUGUAUUGUGCCCAGUAAUAAAACCAACUGACACUACAGUGCAAAAUA